UAUAUUUAUACGCGAAGGAGAGGAAGUAGGAAGUAGGAGGUUGAAGCCCAUUUUGGUUUCUGAGUGAGAGGGGUGAAGAGCUUGUAAGUUUCAGCAAUGGCGCUUCUGCAGCUCUUCAUCACCGCCUCGAUUCCGGUCUUGAAAGUCCUCUUGAUCACUGCACUUGGCUCCUAUCUUGCACUUGAGCGCGUUAAUAUUCUGGGGGAAGAAACCAGGAAGAACUUGAACACCGUUGUAUUUUAUGUAUUCAGUCCAGCUCUGGUGGGAACUAACGUUGCCCAGACCAUUACAUAUGACGGUAUGAUUAAACUGUGGUUUAUGCCUGUGAACAUCCUAAUCACCUUCAUUGUUGGUUCUGUACUUGGAUGGAUACUCAUCCAAUUAGCAAGACCACCUCCACAUCUCCGAGGCCUCAUUUUGGGAUGCUGUGCGGCUGGAAAUUUGGGGAACUUGCUCCUCAUUAUAAUCCCAGCAGUCUGUAAAGAAAAGGGAAGCCCAUUUGGAGUUCCUGAUGUCUGUCACACUUAUGGAAUGGCUUAUGCAUCACUUUCAAUGGCAAUAGGAGCCAUUUACCUUUGGUCCUAUGUGUAUAACAUUGUGAGGAUAUCUUCAAAGAGGAGUACCCAAGACUCCCCCCAGUCUUUGAAGGAACCCUCCGAAUCAAACCAAAUAGAACCUCAGAGUAAAUCCAAGAACUGUUUAGUGAGAAUGUUUCAAAUUCUAAAUCUGAAAACGAUAUUUGCCCCUUCAACUAUUGGAGCGAUUGUUGGGUUUGCAAUCGGAGUCAUCCCUCAGAUUCGUAAACUAAUGAUAGGAGAUGGUGCUCCUCUAAGGGUGAUCCAUGGCACUACUAACUUGUUGGGAGAUGGAGCUAUCCCCGCUCUCACUUUGAUAAUUGGAGGAAACCUCCUUAAAGGUUUGAGAGGGUCAGGAAUACAGAAAUCUAUUGUUGUUGGGAUCAUAAUCGUUCGUUACGUGUUCCUGCCUCUUACAGGCAUAUUGAUCAUUAAAGGGGCGCUAAAAUUUGGCCUAGUGCACUCUGAUCCAUUGUAUCUUUUUGUUCUCCUUAUUCAGUAUACACUCCCACCUGCAAUGAACAUAGGAACGAUCACCCAAUUGUUCGGAGCAGGAGAGAACGAAUGUUCAGUAAUCCUGCUGUGGACUUAUGUAUUUGCAACAGUAUCACUUACUUUAUGGUCUGCCUUCUUCAUGUGGUUUGGGGCCAGGCAAGUGUGAAACAGCUACAAAUUAAGCAUCUCAUUCAAGCAAAAUCUAAAUCAUUCAUCUCAGUUCUGAUGGAAAUUCGUUACAUAAAGAUAAUAUUUUCCAAAUUGUAAGCAACAGAGGGACCACUGUAAAUGUUGUAUUAGGUUCUGAAUCAAAUGCAAAGUAGCAAUACGCUUUUACAGAUCAA